GGCCAGAGGGUAUAAAAGGGGGAGGCGCGGCGGCGGCGCCGCAUUCGACGCCCGGCGGCGCGGGAAGGGGGAGGCGCAGGGGCACGCAGUCGGUUGCCAUGGCGGAGCUCACCAUCGGCAUCAAUGGCUUUGGCCGCAUCGGGCGCCUGGUGCUGCGCGCCUGCCUGGAGAAGGGGCUGCGCGUGGUGGCCAUCAACGACCCCUUCAUCGACCUCAACUACAUGGUGUAUAUGUUCAAGUACGAUUCCACCCACGGGCGCUUCGGGGGCGAGGUGAAGGCGGAGGAUGGGAAGCUGGUGGUGGACGGCGCCGAGAUCAGCGUCUUCCAGUGCAUGAAGCCCAGCGAGAUCCCCUGGGGUGACGCGGGCGCCCUCUACGUGGUGGAGUCCACCGGGGUCUUCCUCACCGUCGACAAGGCCUCGGCCCACCUGCAGGGCGGCGCGCGGCGCGUGGUGAUCAGCGCCCCGUCCCCCGACGCCCCCAUGUUUGUCAUGGGGGUCAACGAGGACGCCUACGACCCCGCCACCAUGCCGGUGGUCAGCAACGCCUCGUGCACCACCAACUGCCUGGCGCCGCUGGCCAAGGUCGUCCACGACAACUUCGGCAUCGUCGAGGGGCUGAUGACCACGGUGCACGCCUACACGGCCACCCAGAAGACGGUGGACGGGCCCUCGGGCAAAGCGUGGCGCGACGGCCGCGGCGCCCACCAGAACAUCAUCCCCGCCGCCACCGGCGCCGCCAAGGCCGUGGGCAAGGUCAUCCCCGAGCUCAACGGGCGGCUGACGGGGAUGGCGUUCCGCGUGCCGGUGGCUGACGUCUCGGUGGUGGACCUGACGUGCCGCCUGGCGACCCCCGCCUCCUACGGGGACAUCAAGGACGCUGUCAAGCGCGCGGCCGCCGGGCCGCUGGCCGGGAUCCUGGGCUACACCGAGGACCAGGUGGUGUCGUCGGACUUCGUGGGUGACAGCCACUCGUCCAUCUUCGAUGCUGCCGCCGGCAUCGCCCUGAGUGACAACUUCGUCAAGCUGGUGGCGUGGUACGACAACGAGUACGGGUACAGCAACCGCGUGGCCGACCUGCUGAGCCACAUCUACUCCCGGGAGAUCUGAGCGCCACCGUGUCCCCGUGUCCCCCACCGUCACCAUGUCCCCCUGUCACCAGGACCCCCCCAGUCGUGCCCCUACAGUCACUGGGACACCCAAGUCGUGUCCCCAUAUCCCCCUGAGUCGUGUCCCUGCUGUCACCGUGUCCCCCCACUCGUGUCACGGUGUCCACACUGUCACCGUGUCCCCCUGGUUGUUUCCCCAGUGUCACUGUGGCACCCCGGUAGUGUCACUGUGACCCCCGGUCAUGUCCCCAGUGUCACCAGGACGCCCCCAGUUGUGUCCCCACUGUCACCGGGGCACCCCACUUGUGUCCCUGUGUUCCCCCCCCCGUGUCCCAAUGUCCCCAUCCUGUCCCCCCCCCCAGUGUCCCCAGGCUGUCCCCCACCCCCCCGGGCUGUCCCCAGCCCCCCCCCCAAUAAAGCUCCCACC